AUGUCAGAAUACUGGAAAUCGACACCAAAGUACUGGUGCAAGCACUGCAGCAUCUUUGUCCGCGACACGAAGCUUGAACGCCAGAACCACGAGGCGACGGGCAAGCACCAGGGCGCGCUCAAGCGGUUCCUGCGCGACCUCCACCGCGGCCAUGAACAAGAAGAGCGUGAAAAGGACAGGGCGAAGCGCGAGGUGGAGAGGUUGAAGGGGAUAUCGUCCGGCACGCCAUCAUCAUCAUCAUCCUUUUCAAGACCCGGCGGUUCGAGCAGCAGCGGCGGGCCGCCGUCGGCGGAGGCGCAGCGGAAACAGCAGAUGGAACAGCUCGCCGAAAUGGGCGUUUCGAUACCGACGGAGUUUCGGGGCGAUAUGGCGAUGGCGGGGGAUUGGACGGUCACUGCGACAAAGGUUGUCGACGACGAGGAGGCGGCGAGGGAGAGGGACAAGCCUGUUGAGGCUAAGGCUGUUGGGGUGAGGAAGCGGGAGCAGACGGAGGAGGAGAGGGAGGAGGAGGAGGCUGUGAGGGGGUUGUUUAAGAGGCCUAAGAAGUGGGGGAGCACGAGGACGAUGCCGGCUGACGACGAGGAUCUUGAUGCGUUGUUGAGUGGGAAUACGCUGAUGAGGGCUGUGAAGAGGGAGGAAGAGGUGAACAAGGCUGAGGUGGAUGUCAAGACUGAGGUGAAGCAGGAGGGUGAGGGGGAGGAUGCGGCGGGAGCUACGUCUGAUGCGCCGGCUGUUAAGAGUGAGCCGGUGGAGGACGAGGCUGGGAAGGGCUUGGACGUGCCGGCCUUGGGAGAGGACGGCGUCAAGAAGGAGGAUGAGGCUGCGGAAUCCACGGAGGCCGCGGCGCCGGCGGUAGUGUUCAAGAAGCGUAAGCCCAAGAACAUGCGACAAAAAUGA